UUGAUAUUCUACUCAAUCCUCUGAAUAAUCAAUAUAUAAAAAAACACAUCCGUUGUUAUACAUUAGGGUAAAACUCUGUUCAUUUCAGAUUCCAACCCUCUUGUUGCAGGAACCACAGGAACACCAUGUCAUGCCGCAAACUGUUUGUUUUACCAUUCCAUUUUCGCAAUGCCUAUUCAACCCUUAUCAAUACCCAUGCUUAUUCUCAGAACCUCUUUUCACACUUUGCCUCCACCAAAUUUAACAUUUCUGCGGCCCACAUCACUCGGAUGUUUAAACUAAAUCCCCAGUUGCAGAGGCUUCAAACCCUCGACAAGGUCGAGCAGUUUGUUGAUAUGUUGAACAGAUGCGGAUGCUCUAAAGUCCAAAUUGCUAAGAUAAUGAUGGCACGCCCGCAAAUGAUCAGCACAAGUGUAGAAAGAAUAUCGGAACCCAAAAUCAAACUGCUGGAAGAUUUCGGCUUUCAAGGUGAAACUCUGGCGAAGCUUUUGGCGAGCAAUCCAACCAUCUUGAGCCUCAGCCUCGAGAACACCCUUCUUCCCAAGAUGGAGUUUCUUAAGAAUCUAUUUCAGUCCCAGGAGUUCCUCAUCAAAUACCUGCUUAGAGCUCCUUCCAUUUUAUGUUGUAACCUGGAGAAGACCCUGAAGCCCUCGGUUGUUUUCUGGGAGAGAUGGGGUUUUCAGGGCACGGAGCUCUUCCGACUCUUAUCGAUAAGACCGGCCAUUCUGCAACGCUCUUCUCUAACGCCUGACCAAGCUGAUCUCAUUCGGGAGAUUGGCGUCGACAAAGAAAGCAAGGCGUAUAAAUAUAUUGUUAAUGUAGUAGCUACUAGCCGCAUGGAAACGCUAAAGGCCAAGAUAGAGAAUCUCCAGCUUUGCGGGCUCUCGGUUGAAGAAACCUGGCAACUAUGUCGGGCUGUACCUCAAGCCCUUUAUUACUCCAGGGUAAGAGUUCGUGAAACGAUGAACUUUGUAGUUAAAGACAUGGAGCUCCCUGCAAAUUAUAUAGUGAAGCACUCCUGCUUGUUGCAUUUAAAUUUGGAAAAGAUUAUUAGGCCCAGGUUUCUAGUUUGGCAGAAAAUCAAAGCCAUGAAUGGCCCGAGCCUUUCUCUUUUGUCAGUAUUGAUGAUGACAGAGGAAAGGUUUGUUAGAAAUAUUAUCAGAGGACAUCCUGAAUCUACAACACUGUGGACUAUUUAUGAAAAUGCCAUCUCUAAGGCCUCCAACCACGCAAAGAGCUCAUUCCACUGUUAAUUUGUAUUUUUGGGAAUGAGACUGAGAGUCGGGACACAAAGACCACAACAAACAUAUUUAUCCAGUCUUUAGCAGAAGGUAGGCAGGCCACCCUUAUCGAGGUGUUGGCUGUGGGUACUUUACAUUUCUAGAGCCACGAUAUUCAGCAACAGAAGCUACGCCCAUAUUCCCCUGCCAUGCAUUCUGUGUCUAAUUGUUCUUCAGGCAAGAGGCAGGGUUUAUUCCAGGGUUUUGUGAGUAUGAGUUAUGUUGCAGCCUGUUUGAAAGCCAAGGGCAGAGGAGUCUUGAAGGUUCUCUCAUGCACAAAGUGGCCAUCUGCAAAAUUGUAAUAAAGGAGGAUUUGUUUUACCACAACAAAAUAUUGGAAAAUGACAGGCUGAGAAAACAGUUAUAGAGAAUUUGGAGCGAAAGUGAUGUAACCCUCUGAUACUUGUGAAAUCUGGAACUGUUUGCUGAUUUUGAUAUUAUUCUCUCCGUUUCAAAUUACAACGGAGGCAAGUUCACCAAAAGAUUGCAUGUA